AUGGGAAAAGACGUGACGCACACGUGACCACCUGAUCGGUGCUGCAAGAGCCUGGAGGAGGAGAGGCCAAGAGAAGAAGGAGUAGACUAAAUUAACGGCAGCUAUUUUUGGGAAUAGCUAUAUAUACUGAAGUAAAAUGAGACCAGGAUUCACCCCAAGAGGAGGUGGGGGUCGAGGAGGCUUCGGAGGAAGAGGAGGGGGAAGAGGAGGAGACCGAGGUGGAAGAGGAGGGUUUCGAGGAGGUAGAGGUGGUGGAGGCGGAGGAUUCAGGUCCCCUGGCGGUGAUGGUGGCUUCCGAGGACGAGGUGGCGGUCGGGGGACUCCUAGAGGCCGAGGAGGGUUCAGAGGGGGCAAAAAAGUGACCGUAGAGCCCCAUAGACAUGAAGGAGUUUUUAUCUGCCGUGGUAAAGAGGACGCCCUGGUCACAAAGAACAUGGUGGUUGGAGAGUCUGUGUAUGGAGAGAAGAGAAUAAGUGUUGAGGAAGGGGAAGCUAAAAUAGAAUAUAGAGCAUGGAACCCUUUCCGGUCGAAGCUUGCUGCAGCCAUUUUAGGAGGUAUUGACCAGAUCCACAUCAAGCCAGGAGCGAAGGUCAUGUACCUAGGAGCCGCAUCAGGAACUACUGUGUCCCAUGUUUCUGACAUUGUUGGACCGGAGGGGUUGGUGUAUGCUGUCGAGUUCUCCCACAGAUCAGGCAGAGACUUGCUGAAUGUGGCCAAGAAGAGAACCAACAUUAUUCCCAUCAUUGAAGAUGCACGACACCCGCACAAAUACCGCAUGCUUGUUGGUAUGGUGGACGUUAUCUUUGCUGAUGUUGCUCAGCCUGACCAAACAAGAAUCGUCGCCCUCAAUGCACACAAUUUCCUGAAGAAUGGAGGACAUUUUGUUAUUUCCAUCAAGGCCAACUGCAUUGAUUCAACAGCUGCUCCAGAGGCAGUGUUUGCAUCAGAGGUUAAGAAGAUGAGCGCUGAGAACAUGAAACCUCAGGAGCAGCUGACACUGGAGCCGUAUGAGAGGGAUCACGCAGUUGUUGUGGGAAUCUACAGACCACCACCCAAGCAGAAGAAGUGAGGUUUCUCUGUGGAAAUUUUCAUUAGUCGCAUUCUUCUUUACGCCUGAAAUAACUGCUUCUGCCACUAGAUGGACCCACAGUUUGCAGAUAACAAAAGACUGAUAUAACAAUCAUUUUCUGUGUGCACCAGGUUGGGAGGGUAUCCCUUUGUAUCCGAUUGGUACAGACAACAUUUUCUUUAUGGAGAGUAACUCGAGUCCCGUUUUUUCCUUUGUAUGAUCAAUCCUCUGUCUUGUAAUAUACUGUACUCAGAUUAAUUUUGUUUUGCUUGUAAGAAUUAUUGGAAGCUAGAUGCGUUAUGUUAACUGAAUCAACAGUUUUCCAAAGCUUACGUUUGUUUCUUUUGUAUAUUUUAGUAAAAAAAGUUUUAAUCUAA